CUUGUUCCAGCCAAUCAGAUGAAAGUCUCCAGUAUAAAAUUCAGUGGUUUGGUUCUCUAAAUACUUACAAACACCUCGACUCAAGGAUCGUGUGUUUUACGAAGAUGUCUCCACUCUGGAUCGUGUUAUUUCUUCAAAUGUUUCCAGCCCACGCUGAGGAUUUUAACCAAACGCCGUUUGUCUGGGUGAAGUCUGGAGGACGUGUGACUCUGAACUGCACGUUUCGAGAAAAAGUCAGUAAAGAACUUAUAGUUUGGUACAAACAACAAUUUGGUCAGAUGCCUGAGGAAGUGAGGAAAACAACAGCACUGAUAGACACCCAAACUUCACCUGAGUUCAGCUCAAGAUUUAAAGUAGAUGAAAUCGUGAAUGGAAUUUCUUUAACAAUUCUACAAACAAAGAAACCUGAUGAAGGAUUGUAUUUCUGUGGCAUAUAUAGCUGGGGCCAUUUUGAAUUUUCCAAUGGAACAUUUGUAGCUGUGACAGAUGACAGAGAAGUAAAAGUGAGUGUGUGGCAGCGCGGCGUGUCGGACUCGGUUCCUGCAGGAGCCUCAGUGACUCUGCAGUGCUCGGUACUCUCUGAGAGCAGAGCAGCAGAACUCCAAGUGCUCUGGUUCAGAGCUGCUCCACCACAAUCCCAUCCUCAAAUCAUUUACACUCAUCACAACAGCAGCCGUCAGUGUGAGAGCGACUCUUCUACACACACCUGUGUGUACAACUUCUCCAAGAACAUCGUCAGCCUCAAUGAUACUGGAACUUACUACUGCGCUGUGCUCCUGUGUGGGAAGAUCAUCUUCGGGAACGGGACACAAAUACAGAUGCAGAACGUUGCAGCAUCUUAUAAUCCUGUAGUGAUCUGUCUGGGAACAGCGCUGGUAAUGUGCGGGAUUCUGAUUUCUGUUCAAACUGUUUUACUCUGUAAAAGAAAAAACGGUCCACAACACAGAGAGAGAAUUCAGCACGAUGCCGUGAUAAACACUGACGAGACGAACACUCAGGACUCUGACACUGUGGAGCUGAAUUACGCUGCCUUACACUUCAAAGAAAAGAAAAGUAAAAGAGCGAGAGAGAAUCGAGUUCGAGUUCAAAACAGCGUGUACUCUGAACUGCAAUCUUCCAUCACUACUUAAAAUAUUUAAUAUAUAUUAUUAUUAAAAGUUUAUUUUUCCAGUUUAACAAAAUGCCGACGAUCUCAAACAGAUGCUCUGUACUUUUAAAUGAUCCGUAGAACUUUUAUCCAAUCUGUAGAAUAUCGGCUUGUCAUAAAACACUUGGUUUUAAAAAGAACUGUUGAUUUAUUUUCGGUUUCAAACCGAGUUUCUCAGCAAAGCUUUGCAUUCUGUUUGCCAGAACAACGUAUAAUAUGUCUGUAUUUCCUGCUUUUUCAUUAGAUUCUACGUAUACACAUUCAUCAAUGAUAAAUGAAGAGUUUUGUGUUUGAUUUUGUAAAUGGAAAGGUUUGUGGUUUGAGCGUAGGAACAAACCUCAUCUUAAACCACCCACUUUCACAUCUCGUAACAGUUAUGAAUUUUAACUCUUUGCUACGGUGAAGCUCAGUUAAAGCACAAGUCAGACCAAAGUCGAUAAAAUACAUACACGUGUUCUGUAUAUCACACUAUCAGUAUCACGAUGAUGUCAGUUUUUACAUGUUUUAUCAUCAGGGUGUAGAAUAAAACUUUUCCAGUGGAAGUAAAUAAAAUCUUAAUUGUAAGAAUCUCAGAGAGCUCCUAAUUUAGCUUGAAGAAUUUCUAACUAUGAAUCUUAUCUUCAGUGUGAUUCACGACCAAAUUCGGAGCAAAUCUGAACAAGGAAAAGACAACAACUUUUAUGUUAGAGUGGAGGCGGGGCUUAACCUGUUACUAGAUAUGACACGUUAUUUUAAAGACUGUGAUUGGUUGUCUAAUAAAUAUAGGAGCGCUUUUAAAAUCUGCUCUAUUAUAAACCUAUACUUUGUCUCUAUGUUCAGAUAUCUGAGACUAUAUCGUGUAGGGAUUACUUUUGUGACCGAUCGUAUUACAGAUGUUCUAACAACUGUAUGUUAUAAAUGUAAUGUAAAUGUAAAUGUAAACAUCUCCGACACAGAGCAGAAAUGUCACACAGACAAAUUAGAUCAUUUCUGCCUUUAUGGCACUUUGGAUCUGUUUCAGAGAUGUUAGAGUCUCUAUAAAUGACUCAGCAGAAUAUACAGUAUAUCAUUUCUGUUCUGUAUCUGUAAUCUGAUUGGUCACCAAAAUAAUCCCUACACGAUCUAAUCUGUAUCGUCUUAUUAACUCACUAUCAUUAUUAAAUAUUGUAUACAACA